AUGGAACCAGAUGUGAGUAUAGAAACAUGUUCUAUGAUCCGCAUCGCUGUGAUCCCGAUCGGAACGAUCGACCCGACCCAUUUCCGAACCUACAUUUCAAUGCUUGGACGUCACCACAUUAUAGAACUUUCAUCCAUUAGUUCAUUCUAUACAGAAAGCCAUAAAUCACCAUUUUCACAACUACCUUGGGAUACCGGUGGCACCCUUCGUUUUAAAUACGUUAUCGGUGGAUCACCACCGUGUCCGUGGGAGGAUUUCCAUGCUUACAGGAAAAUUCAUGGUGUGAUUGGAAUAUGUCAUUGUCCUUCUUCACCCGAUCUUGAUAGUGUUGCUGUUCAAUUUGGUUUGGCUUGUAAAGAAUUCCCUUCUUCUCUCGUUUCUCGUUGUUUUGCCUUUUCUCCAGCCGAUUCUCAGUUAGAAGGUGAACGUAAUAAAGGGAAUAAACUGGUUUUAUUUCCUCCUUCGAAUCAGCGUGCUCAGGAAUUUCACUUGCAGACAAUGAUGCAAGAUAUUGCUGCUUCACUUCUAAUGGAAUUUGAGAAGUGGGUCGUUGAAGCAGAAUCGGGUCGAACCCUUCUAAAGACACCUUUAGAUUCACAAGCCAGUCUUAGUUCAGAGGAGGCAAUCAAAGCCAAAAAAAGAAAAAAUGCCCGAGCUCAGAAAGCCAUAGGCGAUUAUUGUCUACUUGCUGGAUCACCCCUUGAUGCCACUUCCCAUUAUUCUACUGCUUUAGAACUUACUAGAAUGACUGGUGAUUAUUUCUGGUAUGCUGGCGCGUUGGAAGGUGGUGUUUGUGCUUUUCUGAUGAGUAAAGCUGGGAAAAAGGAUCCAGGCUUACAGAAUGAGGUCAAGUAUCGAUACAAUGGUGUCAUCAUGCAUUAUCGGAAAUCGGUUAUACAAGAAAAUCCUCAAGGGGUCUCGCCUGUCAGUUUUGAAAUUGAAGCUACUUUGAAAUUGGCAAGAUUCAUCUGCAGACCGGAACUGGUUAAUGAAGUAGUUGAGUUGUUGACUAAUGCCUCAGAUGGAGGAAAAUCUUUGAUUGAUAUAAAUGAUAAACUGACGCUAUAUGUUGAGAUAGCUCGAUUAUAUGGAAAUCUUGGUUAUCAAAGAAAAGCCGCCUUUUUCUCCAGACAGGUGGCUCAGUUAUAUCAUCAACAGCAAAGUAAUCUGUCUGCUUCUAGCGCCUUGCAAGUAUUGGCACUCACGACAAAAGUUUACCGUGUUCAAAGUAGAUCUUCCAUUCCUAAACACAAUGUUUUGAAUGAAACUAGUACUGAUGGUGUGAAGAUGCAUAAUGAGUUAGUUGUAUCUCUAUUUGAGUCUCAAUGGAGCACGUUACAAAUGGUUGUACUAAAAGAGAUACUUUUGUCUGCUAUUCGGGCAGGAGAUCCUCUUGCUGCAUGGAGUGCAGCUGCUCGUCUAAUAAGAUCUUAUUAUCCUUUGAUUACACCUCCAGGCCAAAACGGACUUGCAAGUGCCCUUAACAAUUCAGCUGGACGCCUUCCUUCUGGUACUCAUUGCCCGGAUCCCGCUUUACCUUUCAUAAGGUUGCAUUCAUUUCCACUCCAUUCAUUACAAACGGAAAUCAUAAAACGAAAUCCAAAACGAGAAGAUUGGUGGGCGGGAUCAGCUCCAUCAGGACCUUUUAUUUACACACCAUUUAGAAAAAAGGAUUUGAUCUUCCCCACUAAGCAAGAUCUCAUUUGGGUUAUUGGUGAACCAGUCCAGGUAUUGGUGGAAUUAGCAAACCCCUGCGGUUUUGACUUAACAAUCAACAGUAUUUUUCUCUCGGUCCAUUCUGGAAAUUUUGAUGCAUUUCCUGUUAGUCUAACACUUCCAUCUAAUUCUUCCAAAGUACUUAGUUUAUCCGGUGUUCCUACUAAAGAAGGCCCAGUGAGUAUACCUGGAUGCAUCGUCCAUUGUUUUGGUGUUCUUACUGAACAUUCUUUUAAAGAUGUUAACCAUUUACUCCUUGGAGCGGCACAAGGGCUAGUUAUUUGUGACCCUUUCAAUUGUCGUGGGUCGCUAAAGAUGAAGAAUGUUAUUGUUCCAAAUAUUAUGGUAAUACCUCGACUGCCAUUAUUAGUUUCACACAUUGUUGGUGGUGAUAAUGCUAUAAUAUUAUAUGAAGGUGAGAUUCGUGAUCUUUGGAUUAGUUUGUCUAAUGCUGGCACAGCUCCAGUUGAGCAGGCACAUAUCUCAUUGUCAGGGAAAAAUCAAGAUUCUGUUGUAUCAGUUGGUUAUGAAACUUUGGAAUCAGCUCUGCCAUUAAAGCCUGGUGCUCAAAUUAUUAUCCCUGUCACCUUGAAAGCAUGGCAAGUUGGGUUGGAUCCUGAUACCGCGAGUAGGAGCAUAUCUAUAAGUGCAAUUAGUCAAGUUAAAGAUGGAAGCAGCCCUGUCUUAUCUAUAUAUUAUGCAGGGCCUACUGAAAACAGUGGAGAGCUACCAGAAGAUGGUGGUAUAGUGCCCCCGGGUCGCUGCCUAGUCACUCCCUUAAACAUCUGUGUAUUGCAAGGGCUAUCUUUUAUGAAAGCUCGCUUGCUGUCAAUGGAAAUUCCCGCCCUUGUUGGAGAAAACUCUGAAAAUGUAUUGGAUACCCAUAUUGGUAGGUUGAUGAAAAUUGAUCCUAACAGGGGAAGUUGGGGCCUAAAGUUUCUUGAAUUCGAGUUACAUAAUCCUACUGAUGUCGUGUUUGAGGUCAGUGUUUCUGUCCAGCUGGAGAAUACAAAUAACAAGAAGCCAUCUGAAUUCACUUACCCUAAAACAAGGAUAGACCGAGAUUAUACUUCAAGAGUACUCAUACCAUUGGAGCACUUUAAAUUACCUAUACUUGAUGGUUCCGUUUUAAUUAAUAACAAUUCACAAUUAAAUGGAGGUGUUAGAACAAAAGCAGAAGUUAGUGCUUCUAUUAAAGACUUGAUUGCCAAGAUCAAGGUGAGGUGGCAUUCGGGGCGAAACAGCUCUGGAGAAUUGCAUAUCAAGGAUGCCACACAAGCAGCACUUCAAACAUCUAUAAUGGACGUCUUGCUACCGGAUCCUUUAACUUUUGGUUUCAGACUUGCUAAAAGUCGUUCACGAGAAGUUGAUAAAGAAUUCAUAACAAAAGUUGAUUCUCCAACAAUUAAAGGUUCUAUAUUGGCUAAUGACAUGACUCCCAUGGAAGUUUUGGUUCGAAAUAACACAAAGGAUUCUAUUAACAUGAGUCUUAGCAUUACAUGUCGGGAUGUUGCAGGUGAAAACUGCAUUGACGGGAAAAAUCCUACAGUACUAUGGGCCGGCACAUUGAUUGGUGUGAUGGUGGAAAUUCCUCCACUUGAGGAAGUGAAACAUUCAUUCUCUCUUUAUUUCAUGGUUCCGGGUGAAUACACAUUGUUAGCUGCGGCGGUAAUAGAUGACCCAAAUGACAUUCUCAGAGCUCGUGCACGUUGUACUUCACCUGGUGAGCCAAUCGUCUGCCGAGGGCCUCCUUAUCAUGUUCGUGUACAUGGUAUUGUCUAAGGUCUAUCUAUCACCAAUUCACCGAGUCAUGUAUA